AUGGAAAUAACUAGUUCCAAAGCCACAGGUCCUCCAACACAGCCUCCACCUCCACCAAGCCCUCUGCAUGAUAGUCCUGGGAAAGUAACAAGGUGAGUUCUAUAGAGACCAGUGAACUAAUACACAACCAAGUUUAAUUUAACUGAGCCUUAUCUAUGUUUGUAAUAAGUCUGUUGUCCCUUGCAUGAAUUCCUGCAUAUAUCUCUUUCUCACCUCCUCUUAACCCCUCCCUCUAUGUCCAUUCACACUUGUGUGUUUUACUAUUCUCUCAGUCUGACUGAGGGAGUAGGAGAGGAAAAUGGGAAGGAGCCAUUUUUCCUGAGCACAGCCCAAACCAAACCCCUACCCACUGAGGAGGAGGAUGAUGAGCUGGUGAGGAAGGAUCUGUAGAGCCACACCAGUUAUCUCAGAUGUCUACACACUGCUUCUGUUCCCCUUGUUUGUCAGUGAAGCCUAUGUUUAUCUGUUUCAUGGCUUACUCUGAAUAGUACAUCAGGUAACGCAAAGAUGGUUUCGGGAUCGAAUUCAGUGGCAUUCUUUGCUGUUGAAUUUCUAUGACUGGAACUUGUUCUGAAUUACUUAAUUUAUUUCUGAACAGUGUUUUGUGGUUGGUCAGCAGAGGACUACUGAACACAACUCACAUUUCAUAUACUUUUCCCAUGUUUUCUCAGAGCUUGAAGGGGCAACCUCCCCCAGCCCCUCUGUUUGGCGAUGAAGAGGAUGAAGAUGAUGAUCUUGACUGGCUGGGAUGA